AUGGUAAAACGAUUCAUUGGCUAAUAAUUUUUGAAUCAAAAUAACACUAAAUAUUUGCUCUUCAACUUCAAUCAAAGAGGGGAUCUAUUAAAAGAUCAGCUGAAGAUAUUCUUUAUUUUGGAUUUUUAUUCAAGGUUUUGUAGAUAAUGUCAAAAAGCUUUUCAAUAUCUACAUCUCCAUUGUUUAUUUCUCUAAGUACUGCCUAUAUUUGCGCGUUAGUCUUCCAAAAUCUACUAAAGCUUUACUUAUUAGCAAAAUGCUUAUAAAUAGGAUCGGAAGGUAGCGCAUACUAUGCGAAUGGACGAAAUCCAAAUACUGAUUCAAAAAAAGAAACACCAAAUGCAAACACAUCUGCCUUUUACUCAUCAAAAUCUUAUGAUCUUGUCUUUAGGGUAUUAAGUAUUUCUGGUGCUGCAUGGUUUAAACAGCGAUAUUCCCAUUACUAGACUUACUUUUCUAUUAUUUAAGGACGAGUCAAGCCUUUAUAAUCAUUAAGAUCGUUUGCUAAUCCAAAAUCAGUGA